AUCACCCCGAAAAUAGUUUCGGAUGCGUGCGUUGCCAGGCAAUGCGUCUAGUUAUCGAACAAACAGUGGCAAAAAUUUGCAUUUGCUCGCUGGCAGUUGCAGGAAAAAGGAAGGGACAAGCCCUACAAAUGCGUGCCUGUGAGACACAAUAAUUAAAAAGCGAUUUAGUGAGCGCGUCAGGCAAUACACAACAGACAGGAGUGAGUGGGGCUGGCCCCAGGGAGGGGGCAACUCCGAAAAUGAGCACGACGCCAAAAUGGUACUGCCGCAACAAAUCGCAGCCAAUGCACACGUUUGCGGACAUCAGCAAUCUGGGCCUGGAGCUGCGGCGCAUCACCAAGCGCAUUGUAAUCGACGUUAAUGCGUCCAUAUUUAGCGAGAAUGAUACCAUACUGGAGGAGUGCGAGCAUGUGGUGCAGCUGUAUUGGAAUCUGAAGGAUGAAAGCAAAAAUGCUGACUUUCAGCUGCUGGCCAAGAAGAUCAAGCGUAGUCCCUACAAUGCGCUGCUGAUGCGCAAGUUUAAUCUGAUAAUGGAGCUCAACGAUCGACGCUUCUGCCAGCUGACUUUUGUGCUCAAGCGAACGCUAAGUCUGCUGCUGCGCAAGGCGAUGCAGUCCGAGAUGUGGCUCAAUUGGGCGCUGCAUAUAACGCAGCUUUACAACAAAUGUCGCAAGGUGAAUCCUGCUGAUGCGCAAAAAACAAAACUGCAGCAGCAACAACAGCAGCAGCAGACAGAACAGCAGCAGCAGGAGCAGCAGGAUGGGACUACAGAAGCUGAGGGCGAGCCGAAGCUGAGCGGCAAGAGCAAGGAAGAGCUGCAUGCCAAUGUAUGCAGCAACAUGUAUCCUGCGUUGUUAAUGUCCUUGAAAACAAUUGACUUUGGCUUUGUGCUGCAGACUGUAGCUCAGACGCGCGUGGAGCAGAAUGCCUUGGAUCUGAUCUUUGGCUUGUUUAAUAUGGGCGAACAGGAUGCUUGGCGUGAGCAGCAACUGCAUAACGAUGAGUCCACAUCCUCCAGUCUGGAAAUACUGCGCACCUUGAACAUAUCCUUUGCUGCUGGCGACUAUCAGCCUUACAACACGGACUCUGUACAGGAUUAUAAUCCAUUGCAGUUGGCCGACGCAAGUGGCGCAGACUUGGACUAUCAAAGCCUGCGCUGCAAGCAUACGGAGGAGUUUUUGCAAAAGGAGCGCAGCUUUCUAGAUCAGCUUAUAGCUAAAGCUAUAGACAUAUGUCCAACCAUAUUUGAAAGUCGUCAGUCUGCUGAAGUGGAUGUCAAUGUUUAUAUAGUGCGUGGCUUGCGGCUGCUGUGGUCGUAUGUGGGCAUUAUAUUGGAUCAUAUACUGCUUUGGUGGAUAGAUACGCCUAUUUCUUGCUAUAAUCUAACGCAUAUAGAUUCCAUACGCUGCUGGCUCAAUCAUCAGAAUGUCAAUGAUAUACCUGAGCCUGUAUUUUCUACACUGCGUGGCAUUGGUGAAAUUCUCACUGGCUUUAUGUGCAACAACAUAUGGGAUCAGCUGUUUCGCUUGGUGCUAAUCUCAUCCAGCAAUCCACAGCGUUUAGUGCAGCAAGUGGUGCAACAAUAUCGCGACUAUCCAAAGAAUCUAUAUGGCACAGCUAUAGGCACCGUUUGGAUAAGCGUGUUCUCCAACUUGGUGAACCAAAGCAAUCAGUAUUUCUCCAACAUGGAGUCGCACAACAAUUCCAGCUUACUGCCCGUGGCUGAGCAGAUACCCAUACUGCAUCGCUUGGAUCACUCGGUGCAUACGAUGCGUCUGUGGGUCACCGAACAGGCCAAGCUGCUCUGCUGUGAAUGGAAAAUGGAUCGAUUCUUUCAGAUACUGGAGCAUGACGUCAAGCUCUGCCUGCACGUCUUUACCAACUUUAAACUGCCGAAACUUACUGCCGAUCUCAGCGAUAUACUCAUGCUAGUCUGCGUGGCAUUGCGCACCAAACUAAUCACCGAAACUACCAACAACAUAGAUUUACUUAAGAAAACUACCGAUGAAUGUGUUCAGAUUUUAUCCGUUGUCUGCCGCGUGCUCAGCCUGGCCAACUUUACGCUGUGCUUUCCAGCAGCCAGCCACUGGCAGCGCAGUGUCUACAACAAUGAGGAAAAGAGCUUGUAUGUAGGCUAUGUACUGGACGAAAUCUUUCUGCCCAGCAUACGCGCCACCAAGGACAUUGUUAUACUCAAGCUCAUAUUGAAGCUCAUCUGCGAGGCCUGGCUGGACUUUAUUUACCAGAAGCGCAUACGCUUCAGCAUCAAUGGCGCUGUGCGUCUGCUGAAUGACUUUGAUGAUGUGCGCGAGUGGAUACUCGCCUGCAGUCUGCUCGACGAGCAGCAGCUGGACACGCUGAGCAACCACGAGGUGCUGCGCAUGUGCAAGGGCGUGGGCAAGAUUCUGCUGCGCAAGCCAGAGGAUGUCAUAUCCAUUGCCCAGUCGCCCAAGUUUGACAAGAAGACAUCUGAUGCGAAUGCACAGGACACGCAGCUGCCCUCGGAGAUGUUUGUGUCCAAUCAGAAGCAUUGGCUGCAGCUGCGCGCAAGUGGCGGCUCUGGGUUUCCGCUGCUCAAGCUCUGCUGCGGCGAUGGCAUCAUGUAA